ACUCGGCAGAGGCGAAAUUUGUUGACCGGGCAAAUAUUGUUGUCUUUACUUGAAAAUGGAGCAUUGUGUCGUUGGGAUUUUUCAAUAUAUAAACAGGCAAGAGGGUUGAGCUUUUUAACUCAAAACCAGAAGCAAUGGAGAUUUGGUUCAUUGUGCUCAUCUCUGUGUGUGCGUAUUUCUCAAUAAAAUCCCUCCUCGGCCUUCUCGGUUCAUCCAAAAAGAAAGGGAAUCUUCCGCCGGGGCCACGCCCUCUUCCCAUCAUCGGAAACCUCCUAUGGCUUCCCAGAAACGCCGUUGACCUUAGAAAAGUCAUCGGUGAGCUCUCCCACAAGUACGGCCAAAUUCUCACACUCAAACUCGGCCCUGAUCCACUCAUUUUCGUCACCUCCUACACACUCGCCCAACAAGCGCUUGUUCGACACGGCGCCAUCUUUGCAAACCGUCCGGAGGUGGUCCCGGUCAGCUUAGUUCUCAGCAACAAGCGCAAAGACAUCGGCGCCAGCCCCUAUGGCGCCACCUGGCGUGCCCUCCGCCGCAAUCUCGUAUCAGAGAUUAUCCACCCCAAUAAGAUGAAUGCUUUCUCCCCCGCCCGGAAGCGCGUCAUGGAAACAAUGAUGAGCAAGCUAACUCAAAGUUCCCAGCAAAACGACGUCGUCAAUGUCAACGACUGUCUCCACCACGCCGUGUUUUCCUUGUUUAUUCUCAUGGCUUUCGGCGACAUCAGCGACGAGUCGGUUAUUGAAAUCGAAGACAUCCAAUGGGAGCUUCUUGUGAAUUAUGCCGACUUCAGUAUUUUCGGUUUCUUCCCGAGAUUGGCGAAAUUGCUGCUGAGAAAUCGGUACAAAAGGUACAUAAAUCUGUUGAAGACUCAAGAUGAUAUCUUAUUGCCGGUGAUAAAAGCCCGACGGAAGCUAAGGGAAGAGAAAGGCAACGAGCUCGAAUAUGUAUCCUACACAGACAGCUUAAUGGAUUUGCAAGUUCCAGGAGACAAAGAAAAGGUUAAUGACGAGGACAUACUGAGUUUGACCUCGGAGUUCAUUAAUGCCGGCGCCGACACAACCACGACGAUGUUGCAGUGGUCGAUGGCGCAUAUUGUGAAGUACCCAGAUGUUCAAGCCAAAAUAUAUGCUGAAAUCCGCCAAGUUUUGGGGGAAGGAGUGGAGGAGGUGAAGGAGGAGGAUUUGCACAAGUUCACGUAUUUGAAGGCGGUAAUCCUAGAAGUUUUAAGACUUCACCCGCCAAACACCGCCUUGAUACCCCACGCCGUCACGGAGGAUGUGGAGCUUGGCGGCUACACUAUUCCCAAAGGCACGACGGUGAACAUCAUGAUGUCAAUAAUCGGGCGCGAUCCGACGAUCUGGGAUAAUCCUUUGGAGUUUAACCCUGACAGGCUGUUAACCGGUGAAAAACCCGCGGAAGACGUGGUCGAUCUAACGGCGUUUAGGAUGCUCCCGUUCGGUGCCGGAAGGAGGAUGUGCCCCGGGAACGGGUUGGGCCGGCUUCUCCUGGAGUACUUUAUUGCCAACUUGAUUUUGCAUUUCGAGUGGAAGCCGGUGGAUGGCGCCGAAGUCGACGUGUCGGAGAAAGAGGAAUUCUUGGUAGUUAUGAAGAACAAACUGCGUGCCUCUGUCACUCAAAGAGUCAAAUAAGUUGCAGAUUGCACCGGUAGCUACGCAUUUCUCUGUGUAAUGAAUAAAAGCCAUAACCGAUAUGCCGAUGCUGCCUUUUUUUAUUUCUUCUUUUUCGUAAUUACUGUCUUUGUACGACUGGAUUAGAUCCAUUGUCGAGUCAAAUCUCUUGUUCAAAUGAAAUGAAAAAUAAUCUGUUAGAUAUAUUUGAACUGAGUGAAUAAACCAGAGAGAGAAUAAGUUCAAUCCA